ACAAGAACCAAACCUCAGAAAUUUCCACAUGAAUUUGAGGAAUCUCUGACGAUCUGAGAUAUGUUUUCAGUUAAAUUGAGUGGGCCAUCUUUGAAUUUCCUAAUCAAUGACAUAUUGGUCAAAGAAAUUGAAAACUAGUCUUGUAGAGACUGAAUUUAUUGAUUUAUCUUUUUUCCUUUUCAACAGAGAUUUUGAUGUUAGUUAGCAUAUGAUGGUAUUUGAAUCUCUUCUUUGUUUUCUGCUUCUUAUGAUGUUCUGGGUUUUCUCGCACCAAGUUUGAGGGAGUUUCCAUGGGAAAUUUCUUCAAGAGACCUGCCAGAUGUGCAGAUGCUUCUUCUUCUUCUUCUUCUUCUUCUUCUAGUGACUUUCAUCGCUUUCCUUAAUUCAUUAUUUUUUAUUUGAACUUUUAGGUAUUGAUUUAUGGUUAUUUUAGUGAUAUGAGAAGCACGAAAGUUUUGAAUUUUUCUCUUUUUUGAGAUAUUUGAUUUUUUGGGAGUGUAAAGGAAGAAAUGGAAGUUUGUAGCACUUAGAAUUGCAUUAUGAUUAUUGUAGGGGUAUAAGAGGGUGUGAAAGUUUGGAUUUUGAGGUCCUGUAAUUUUUACAUGAAUUUAUGGCUAUUUUAAGUAAUAGAGGAAUAUAUGAACAUUCAUAAAUAGUUGCAUUGAAUUGAGGUCCUGUAAUUUUGAGGAAUAUAUGAACAUUAUUGUAGGGGUAUAAGAGGGUGUGAAAGUUUGGACUUUGAGGUCCUGUAAUUUUUACAUGAAUUUAUGGGUAUUUAAAGUAAUUGAGGAAUAUAUGAACAUUCAUAAAUAGUCGCAUUGAAUUGUGUUUAUUUCUAGGAUAUAGGAAGAUAUGAAAAUUUUGGAUUUUUGAGGUAAUUGGAUCGUUUGGCGUUGUAAUUUGCAUUUGAAGUGUUGGGUUUUUUAAGUGGUGGAGGAAGAUAUGGAAGUUUGUAGUUCUUGGUAUUGAGUUAUGGCUAUUUCAGGGUUAUGGGAGGAUUUGAAGAGAUCCCAAAGCCUACAAGUUGCACAAAUUUGCCCAACUCCAAUCAAAUAGCAUCUGCUAAUGAUACCGAAAAAAGCGUCCUUCUGACAUCCAAAAGCGAUGUGUCAUCCGUAGCCACUUUGAAGUCUUUCAUCUUCAGCGAUCUCAAGAUCGCUUCGAAGAACUUCCGUUCCGAGACCCUUCUCGGCGAAGGAGGAUUCGGGUAUGUUUUCAAAGGAUGGAUCGACGAGAACACACUUGCUCCUACCAAACCAGGAGUCGGCAUUGUUGUGGCUAUCAAGAAACUCAAGAUGGAGAGCUUCCAAGGGCACAAAGAAUGGCUUGCAGAAGUUAACUACUUGGGCCAGCUUCGCCACGAAAAUCUUGUGAAGCUCAUUGGAUAUUGCGCAGAAGCUGAUAAUAGACUUCUGGUGUAUGAGUACAUGCCUAAAGGCAGUUUGGAAAAUCAUUUAUUUAGAAGAAAUGUACAGCCUAUUCCAUGGCCCACACGGAUCAGUAUUGCUAUUGGCGUUGCCCGGGGAUUGUCCUUCUUACAUAACUUAGAAACCCAUGUAAUCUAUCGCGAUUUGAAGGCUUCAAACAUUCUCCUUGACUCGGAUUUCAAUGGGAAGUUAUCAGAUUUUGGCUUAGCAAGGGACGGUCCUACUGGAGAUAACACUCAUGUUUCGACCAGAGUCAUCGGAACUCGCGGUUACGCUGCACCGGAAUAUGUUGCCACAGGCCAUUUGACUGUGAAGAGCGAUGUAUACAGCUACGGUGUCGUCUUGUUAGAAUUGUUAUCAGGAAGGCGGGCCAUGGACGAGGAAAGAGGCAGCGUGGAAGAGACUCUAGUCGAUUGGGCGAAACCGUUCUUGAGCGACGGCCGGAAAGUGUUGAGAAUCAUGGACACAAGAUUGGAAGGCCAAUACUCUAAGAAAGAAGCUCAAGCAGUAGCUGCAUUGGCUCUUCAGUGCCUACAUACAGACCCCAAGUAUAGGCCUACCAUGAAAGAAAUGGUCACCACAUUAGAACAUCUCCAAGCGCCGAGGAGCGCUCCGAGAACACCGCAGCGGGAAAUCAAGCACUCCAGUUACAAUUUCAAGGCAGUAGGAAAGAUCCAAACGUCAGAGAGCGUGCUGCGGACCCCACCGCACGAAUCUAAGUAUUCAACUCACAAGCAGAAGGGAAUGGUGAACCUAAAAUCAGUUUGAGAUGUCGACGAUUUCGAAAUGUUUGAGAAGAUGAAUGGAUGCAUGAAUGCAUGGAAUGUUACAGCUUUUUGUUCACUUGAGAGAAAUGGAUGUAUCAGAUACGAAUUGGGAGCGGACAUUGCACUGGUUUGAACGUCGGAGAUCAUGUGCGGCCUGGUCGACUAUCAAACACUUUUAUGAUCCAUGGUUGAGCUUGUUUUUUAGUUGCAUGUAUGAGGGGAUGAAAGCUUCUCUGUGUAUUUUCUAUAAUACAUGCAUCUUUCAUGUGUUUUUGAUCAUCUGAUCCAUGUUAAUUUUCAA